AAGAAGUGCAACAAGCACCGAUACACUUAUUCUUGGUGCCGAACGUCUGUGGAGCGGUGUUUUUAUAUCUCUUUUUAUAUAUUUUAAAAUAUGCGCGUGGAAGCUUUGGAAAAAGUCUGGGUGGAUAAGGCCCGCUACGAUAAUGCAGAAAAACUGUACUAUGAAAAGUUAUCCGACGUCGCGAAGCCAAAUAGCUGCAGUUUAGUAACAGAAAUUGCAAAAGCCAGGGAGCACUUACAAAAUACUUUGGAAAAGAUUGAUGGCAUCAAAGUCGAACCAUGCGCGAACACUGAAGUUUUGAGCCGACUUGCAGCUCUGGAAGCGACUACCAAGGAAUAUCAGGGAAUAUUCCAGGCCAUCUUAAGUCGUGUCUCCCAAUUAGAGAACCAACUGUCAAGUAACAAAGUCAACUCUUCCGCCCCCGUCUCUAAUGCUGAUGCCAAUGCUAAAGUCAGUGCAAAGGCUGAUGACGAUGAUGAUGAUGUAGACUUGUUCGGCUCAGAUAGCGAUGAAGAAGACGAAGAGCAUGCUCGAAUUCGCGAAGAACGCUUGACCAAAUAUGCCGAGAAGAAGGCAACUAAAACCGCAAUUAUUGCCAAGUCAAGCAUACUGCUAGAUGUAAAGCCAUGGGACGAUGAAAUCGACCUAAAGGUUAUGGAAGCCGAGAUUCGCAAAAUUACUCUAGAUGGCUUGCUUUGGGGAGCCUCGAAAUUUGUGCCGGUUGCCUUUGGUAUUCAAAAGGUAGUCAUCUCAUGCGUUGUGGAGGAUGAGAAGGUUUCCAUUGACUGGCUUACCGAAGAAAUUGAGAAAAUUGAAGAGUUAGUGCAGAGCGUUGAUAUUGCUGCAUUUAACAAAAUCUAAAUUUUAGUUUCAAAUGAUUUUCAAAUUUACGAAUGGAGUGUACUAGAAUGUGUAAAAUAAUGCCCAACACGAAAAAAUAAAAGGGUUCUUUUUUAUAUGCGUUUGCACGAAAAUAA